UUGAAGCAGUUGUUCGGCAUACGAUAUUACCAGUAAAAUUGAUUAUAUUGCUAAUGUGGGCACCUCAAUAUUUAAUACUAGUCUUCUCUCUCUAUUUUUCACCUCUAUAUUGCUAAUGUGGGCACCGGCUUGUAGAAGCAACAACAAAAACGGCAGCAUAGCCUUGAGAUCACCAUCUUAACCCUAAAAUAUCUAUGGAGGAAGUUUGGGGAGAUAUUGGCCUAGCUUCUCUAAAUGAUCACCCAGCAGUCACUCCCACUGCCAACCCCCCUUCCUUUCCUAGCGUGAUCCUUCAAGACUUUUUGGCUAUACCCAUCAACAAAGAAAUGCCUCCAACAGCAAGAUCAGGUUGUGGCACAUCCCUUACUGAAGAAACCACCCUUUUUGGGUCUCUACCACCCACUCCUGCCACUUUGUUCACCUUGAAUGCAAGAUCCAUCGCAAGUGUGGCAGUCAAAGCUCCUGCUCCAUCUUUCCCUUCUUCUUGCAGAAAAAAGGGUCAAGAAAAUGAAGAAAACUCUGAUGAUCCACGGCAUAAGCGCAAAAUUAAGAAUAGAAAAUCCGCUGCUCGGUCAAGAGCAAGAAAACAGGCUUACACAAAUGAGUUAGAGCUUGAAGUUGCUCGUUUACUGGAAGAAAAUGUUAAGCUUAGAAGGCAACAAGACAAGUUACUGGCAUCCCCACGUCAGAUUCCAAAAAGGAAUACUCUAUGUAGAACUUUAACAGCGCCCUUUUGAGAAGUAAGAAGGCAGCCAUUUUCUUCUUUAGUCAAUAUCUAUUUUUCUUCUUUUUAUAAAUUGUCCAUUAGUGGAAACGCAGAUUCUCUUAAAUGGGCUAAAGUUGGCCACGAAUUCCAAGAUAUUUGGGUGGUUAAUAUCACACAUCCAUCACUCUCAACUGCUUGUCAAGACAAGGAUUAAAACAACUAUAAAGAAGGGGCUGUUUUGGUAUCCCAAGCAGAUGGUGGAUGUUUCUAUAUCUAUAUUUUAUAUAUUAUUCGGCUAUUUGCUUGAAACAAAUCCUCGUCUUUUCUAGGUGUUUUGUUUAUGUUUGGUUUGUUUUGGUUUGUAAACAACGAGCGAAAAGAUGGAAUUGCUUAAAGUGGAACUAGGAAGAGAAUGGUGGUGGGUAUCUUUCAAUAAUUUUAUCUUGCCUAA